CUUGAAAUUAUGUUAGAAAAAGCACUCCCUACCGCUUGGCCUCCACUUCAUCAAGAAAUUGGCCCUAUUUUACCUGAUACUUUUCCAUAUCUAUCUCCUGAUCUUGAAUUAUUUCUUUCUAAUCAUCCUAGAACAAUGUAUGUUGCUUUUGGAACUUAUGUAUAUACUACGUCUGAAAAUUACGCUACUAUCUUACAGUCUGCUCUUGAAUUAAUUAACCGGAAUAUUCUCGAUGGUAUGAUCUGGGCAACUGUAACAUUUAAUGAAUCAGAACUACCUUCUACCUUUAAUAUCUCUACUGGUGAUGUUAUAUCCACAUCCAAUUUUUUAAAUAAUUUACACCCACAUAUUUAUAUCACUAAGUUUGCACCCCAGUUUGCAAUACUUUCUCACGAAAAUACUAAAGUGUUUUUAAGUCAUGGUGGUGUAGGUAGUAGUCAUGAAUCUAUGUAUACUGCUGUUCCAAUGUUAGUACUUCCAAUAGCGUUCGAUCAACCUGGAAAUGCUGAAAGAUUAGAACACACCGGUAUGGCCUUAACACUUUCAAAACUUGAUUUAAAAGUUGAUGAUAUUAUAUCAAAGAUUAUAAGAUUAGUGAAUGAUGAAAGUUUUAAAAUUAAUGCAAAGAAAAUGCAAGUGAUGGCAAAAUAUAAUAGUAAAAGAAAGUAUAGGGGUGCUGACUUAAUUGAGAUUAUGAUGAAUCUGGCAAAGUUCGAAGGUGUUAAAAAUGAAAAUGGUGAAUUAGAGGUAAACGUUGAUGCUUUGUUAAGAAAUUGGAUAUCUCCUGAGUCAAGAAUGGGAUUUUUUAGAGGAAAUUAUUUAGAUGUUUUUGGUGUUGCCAUGAUUAUUGGUAUAGCAUUGAUUAGUAGUCUUAGUUACGGUUUUUACAUGGCUGUUAGGUUCGCUUUCAACAAAUUGUCUCUGGGAAAUGGAAAUUCUCAUAAAAAUCUCCCAAAAGCUAAAAAUGAAUAG